AUGGGCUACCGCACGAAGGUCAUUCUCCUCUGCUGCUGCUGUGCGGCCCUCGCAGGCCUGGUCCAGGCUGACGACAGCGGCUUUCAGGCUCAGCCGCGCCCCCUGCUGGCGGCCCUUCAAGCUGGGGCCUUGCAACCUCGCAUCGCCGGGAGCGGCUGGACCACCGGAGCAGGGCUAGGCGGCGGCGGUUUGGGCAGCCUCGGCGGCCCUGGGUUCACCGAGGGUAGCGGCGCAGACGUGCUUGCCCAGACCAACCCCCAAGGCUUCGCGCCCGCUGGUGGCGCCUCGACCCACCAUCACAAGCACCACAAGCAGCAGCAGCAGCAGCAGCAGGGCAGUGGCCCCUACGCCGCGGCGGCGCCCGCGGGCGGCGCCCUCGCCCAAGCCGGGAGCCCCCUGCUGAAGCAGCAGCUGGCACCCUCGGCCACCCUGGCCACCGCCGCCAAGCUGGCCGCCGUGUCUGCAGCCAUGUACGCACCCAAGGGCGCCGCCAACUUCGUCCAGAGCUCCUACUCGGACUGCGCGCGCCCCCACGCGCCCCGCAACGCCUUCCAGCGCAACUCCGUCGACGCCAUCGCCAACGAGCUCGGCAUCCAGGCCUCGGCGGUGACCCUCUUCGACCUCAACGCCCCGGGCGCCAACCAGUUCUGCCACGCCGCCGCCGCGCUGGUCGGCCCCAACUCUGGCCUCGCGGUGCGCGACCCCAGCCGCCCCGCCGUCGUCGUCGCGUUCCGCGGCAGCAGCAACGUGGCCGCGGCGGUCGCCGACCUCAACUUCGAGUCGGUCCCCAAGACUGUCCGCGGCCGCACAGUGGAGGUGCACCGCGGCUUCUGGGACAGCGUCUUCGGCGCGCCCGCCCCCACCACCUGCGACAAGGCCGCCGGCGCCGGCCCCGUGCCGCAGUCCUGCGCCGCAGCCGUCGCCGGCCACAUCGCCCAGCUGGCGCAGUCGCACAGCCUCAAGGGCCCAGUGCAGGUGCUGGUGACCGGCCACUCCCUGGGCGCGGCGGAGGCCGCCCUCUUCGCCCUGCACCUGGACAGCACGCCCGGCUUCGACGUCGCCGCCUUCACGUUUGGGCAGCCCAAGAUCGGCCGCGGCAAGGAGUGGCGCGCGGCCUACGACGGCAGCAGCGGCCUCUCCUCUCGCACCUUCCGCGUCGUGCAUGGCGCCGACCCCGUCCCCAUGCUCGCGUCACGCUGCCAGACCAAGGGCGUCGGCGCCGACUACCAGCAGGUCGGGCAGCUGCUGCGCGUGCGCACCCCCCGCUGCCCCGUCGCCGCCACCCACCCCAAGGGCGCCUGCCUGCCCGCCGUCGCCGCUGGCGGCGCCGAGUGCACCAUCGAGCCCGAGUCUGCGUACGACGACUGCUCCAUCUUCGUGGCGGCCGGCAAGGCGUCCGGCAAGGCCGACAUGUGCUUCUGCGGCGUCAUGCCCUUCAGCCUCCUGAGCAAGAAGAACGGGCUCUGGCAGGACCACGAGGUGAUCGGCUGGGAGUACGCCGUCAUCAUCGAUGCCGGGAGCACUGGCAGCCGCGUGCACGUGUUCAAGUUCUACCGCCACAAGGCAAGCAAGCGCGCCGCGCUCGACUUUCCGUAUGCGACCGUCGAGCUUCCAGACGCCGUUCACACAACGACACCGGGGCUGUCUUCCUAUUCCUUUGACCCUCGGACCGGCGCCAAUUCCCUGGCGCCGCUGAUAAAGUUUGCCAAGGAGCAGGUGCCCGAGCCGCAGUGGCCGCAGACGCCCGUGCAGCUCCUGGCCACAGCGGGGCUGCGCAUGCUGCCCGGCGACGCGUCGGGCGCGCUGCUGCAGGAGGCUCGGCGGCUCCUGGGCGGCAGCGGGUUCCUGUUCAGGGACGAGUGGGCGCGCGUCAUCAGCGGCCAGGAGGAGGGCCUGUUUGGCUGGGUGUCUAUAAACUACGCGACAGGGGCGCUCCAGUCCCUGGUGCAGCAGCAGCAGAAGGCGCGCCUCGGGCGCAAGGAGCUGCCCGGCGGCCUCGAUCCUGUGAAGCCGACUGCGCCGCUCACUGGGGUGCUGGAGCUCGGCGGAGGCAGCCUGCAGGUCACGUUUGCGGUGGCGGAGGGGCGGCGUAUCCCGCCCAACCAGGCGGCGCCGCUGGAGAUGCCCGGGCUGGCGGGGCGGCAGCUGUAUAGCCACAGCUUUGAUGGGUUUGGACUACAGGCGGCCAUGGCGAAGCACCGCACGCGGCUGCAGGAGGGCGGCGCCCGCGCCGACCCCUGCCUGCCCUCGGGCUUCAAGGCCGAGGGCAGCCCUGCCGGCAGCGGCGACUGGGAGGCGUGCAAGGCAGCUGCGCGGAAGCUGCUGCCAACGGAGCGCUGCACCUUCAGCAGCUGCUCCCUGGGCAACGUGUUCACGCCGCCGGUGGAGGGGCCGCUAAUCGGGAUCGACAACUUUUUCUGGAGCGCGCGCGCGCUUCAGCUCAAGCCGGGCCUGGUCCAGGUCAACGACUACGAGGCGGCCGCCAAGCGGUUCUGCGCCAAGGGCUGGGGCGCCAUAAGGAAGGAGUUUCUGAAGCACAGCUCAGUGGGGUCUGACACGUACGCCCUGCAGGUAUGCUUCGCCGCGGCCCACGUUCUCAACAUCCUGCGCGACGGCCUGCACAUUGGCAACGCGUCCGCCGCGCUCACGCUGACGAACGAGGUCGGCACCCCCAAGGGCGGAAGCUUCUCACCCACCUGGACCCUGGGGGCGCUCAUGGUGGAAGUGCUGGGGACGGGCGGCCGCGGCAGCGAGGGGGGGCCGCUCGGCAUGAAGGCCCGCGGCGGCGCCGGCGAGGGCGGCGGCGGCGCCGGGCGCCUGUUGUCUGCGCCGAAGACGGAGGCGGGCGCGGCGUUGCUGGCAGGCGCGUUCUGCCUGGGGCUGAUUGUCGCGACUGUGGUGGCGUCGCGGCUGGGGGUGGGCGUCAUCGCGCCCAGCGGGGGCCGCGGCGAGCGGCCGCCGGUCGACAAGACCCGCAGCCUCAUCCCCCUGCAGCUGGAGCCCGGGGAGCUCGCCGCGCUGAUACCCUCGGCUGCGCUGAGCGGCGGCGGUGGCGGCACGGGCGGCGGGGCCGGGGCGCACGCGCACCACGGGGCCGCGACCAGCCACUCUGGCCGCGUGAGCGUGGUGGGUUCGUCCCGGCGGCGGGGGGACGGGUCGUGA